GUCUCUCUCAGAGGACAUCCUUGAGGAGUACAUGACUCGGGCCCGCGAGUGGCGCUGCUGGUAUGUCUACCCAUCUCUACUGCACGAAGUGCAGGUCGACAAAUCCAAAGACGAGCUCUACACUAUCUGCCCAGAGCUGGACAGAGAGAACGCCUACGAGGCGAUCAUGCGUCUCUUAGAAGCUCGAAUGCGCCGGUCUUGGACUAUGACUCGAUACUUCGGGCCUGCGAAUUUAGAGGAAGUGGUGAACAAGGUAAGAUUGCAAAGCCAGCAGAAAGAGACCGGCGAGCCACCAGAUGACAAAGGCGACGAAGCCGCGCAGGAGGAGCUCUAG